AUGCCAAAAGUGGGGAGUUACCGUUUAGGCGAGAAGCUCGACAGCACCCCUAGCUCCACUGUAUACCGUGCCCAACAUGUGGAGACGGGUGUUCAGUACGCCGUGAAGGUGUUUGAGAAGAAACAAAUAGAACAGGACACAGCCCUGCGGGAACGUGUGCGGCGUGAGAUUUACGUGAUGAAACGCAUCUCCGCAGAUGUUGCGAAUGAGGCGGGCGACACAUUUAACAGUUCCACGCGCAGCACCACUACUAGUGCGAGUCCAGCCAUCACCCACACCACCAGCACGAACAAUAAUAAUAAUAAUAAUAUCUAUGCAUCUCCCAUUGGGACGACGGUGGAUAUGCAUAGUAGUGGUGGUAGUGGUGCCCCUCCUGGGCCCGUAGAGACUACUGGGAUUGGAGGAAAUAUAGUAUCUAGCGGCAGCAGCGGCGGCUCAGGCUGCGAUGGGGUGAUCACACUGACGGAGGUGCUGCAAACACCACGUGCGGUGUAUUUAGUGAUGCGAUUGGCCGGUGGGGGUUCCAUUGCGGCACUUGUCUCCCGCGGUGGUCCACUCCCCGCUGCCGUCGCCGCCGCGUAUUUUAAACAAACACUGCGAGCUGUUGCCUACUUACACGCCCGGCACGUGAUCCACCGCGAUAUAAAAGCAGAGAAUUUACUUCUUAGUGAAGAUGGCGCCCGAGUGUAUAUUGCGGACUUUGGACUCGCCUUAUUAGCCGAUCACGAUGCCCCACAGGCGGUGUGUGGGCGCUGCCGACACUGUGGACACCUCAUCGCCGCCUCGCCAAGCCCAUCGCCCACAAUUUACAUUCACUCCCACGCCAGCAACGGGGCCACCAGCACCGCCACCACAACGACGACUGGCACCAUGACGACCGCGACGAUUCCCACCAGCAACAACACCGGCACUUGGAUGAAUACAACCGCCACGGAAGGGUCCAUCAUGACAGACAACGCCAUCGUGGCGGGGAAUAACACAGACGGCGGGGAGAUUGGGGUGCGGCUGAAUCCACUUGUGAUGACGUGCCCGCACUGUGGGGUGCCGCAGUCCCGACACGCACUGAUUGAGUCCAUCUCGGGCACUCCCGGCUACGUCGCCCCGGAGGUGUUGCGGCCCGAUCUCCGAAUGGCCGCGACGGGUGGAAGUCGGCCGGGCGUGUUGGAUGGAUACGCAGCGGAUAUGUGGAGCUGCGGGGUCGUCUUGUAUUAUAUGCUGACCGCACGUCUCCCAUUCGAUCCAACCGCCACGGUAAAUCCUGUCAAUAAUCAUAAUAAUAAUAAUAAUAAUAAUAUUAGUGGUGGAGUCUAUUCGAAUGAAGGGAGUGCUGGGGAAACACGAUUGACGCCUGAAAACCUUCAAGAAAUGUACCGCCGCAUAGCCGCCACGGAGUUCACAAUUCCAUCAUUUGUGCCCCCGGGCGCAUGUGCGUUAAUACAGCGAUUGUUGUGUGCGGAUAGUGCUGCGCGGCCAACAGCGGAGGCGGCGUUAGAGGACCCGUGGCUCGCAAACUGUAAGAAUGUGUAG